GCACGUCACUGCUUGAAGCCGCAGCGACUCGGUCACCAGAGCUGAAUCACAGCAGAGAUAGCAGCAAGCAGGCACUUCCACGCCGCGCAGGCUAACUCGCUUUCGGCUUUGGUUCGACAUGGAGACUCGUUGGACUGCGAGAGGUUUCAGCGCCCGCAACUUCAAAAGUGGACUGUCCCUAUGGCUGAUUCUGUGGCUGGUGGUGGUGAAGCCAGGCGGGGUUUCUGCUUGCCCCAGGCUGUGUGUGUGUUACCCUACGCCUAUGACGGUCAGCUGCCAGUCACAGAACCUCACCAUAGUGCCAGCGGGUGUACCUUAUGACUCGCAACGUGUAUUCCUGCAGAACAACCGCAUCACAGAGCUUCGUGCAGACUCUUUUGGCUUUGAGACACAGGUGCUUUGGCUGUAUGGUAACAACAUCACAUGGAUUGAGGCCGGAGCUUUCAGUAACCUCAGGAUAUUGGAGGAGCUAGAUCUGGGUGACAACCCAUCACUGCGGCACCUGGAAGGUGGAGCAUUCAGGGGCCUGGAGAAGCUGCAGAGCCUGCACAUGCAUCGCUGCAAGCUGGCCGCUCUCCCCCAUGACAUCUUCCACAAGCUGUACAGCCUUCAAUUUCUCUACCUGCAGGAAAAUCAACUCCACUUUCUGCACGAUGACCUGUUCUCAGAUCUGGUCAACCUAACCCAUCUUUUCCUGCAUGGAAAUCGUAUCCGCACCCUCUCUGAGAAUGUGUUCAGAGGUCUGGUCAAUCUAGACCGCCUACUUAUCCACGACAACCGCAUCAGGCAGGUCAACCGACGGGCUUUCCGUGACCUGGGCCGUCUUACCAUCCUUUACCUGUUCAACAACUCUCUGGCUGAGCUGCCAGGUCAGGCCAUGAAAGAUACUCAGGGCAUCCAGUUCCUGCGCCUCAAUGGUAAUCCCUGGUCCUGUGGCUGUGAGGCCCGUCCCCUCUGGGAGUGGUUCCGCAAAGCCCGCAUCUCCUCCUCUGAGAUCAUGUGCAGCUCCCCAUCCCAGCGUCGUGGCCAGGACCUCAGAUUCCUGCGGGAAAUGGACUUUGCUCUCUGCCCACUUCCUGACCCAGGCUCCCUUGCUGGGACCACCACAACUACCUUCAGCACCAAAACCCGCUGGUGGUUCUCCAAACACAAGCCUGCAUCUUCAUCCAAGGCUUCCUACCAGAAGAGCACAGAAACAGUAAAAGCCUUCCCAUUUCCCGCUGUCAAGCCACAGUACGUCCCCAAAAUCCCAUCAGAAACCAGCCCCUCAAAGUAUGAACUGUCAGAAGAUGAAGCAGCACUCCCCAAGCUGGACCCAGAGGAAUACUGGGCCAACUAUGGCAAUGAAGACUCCUCCAUUCGUUGCUUUGAGCUGGAGUGUGCUCCAAGCUAUGACAGUGCAGCUUUCCCGUCAUCCUCCUCCAUAAGCAUUACCCCUUCCCUGCUCCACUUGCUGUCCUUCUCCAUACUCACGUUCACACUCCACUUUCUUUUCAGUUGAACUCUUUUGUCCUUCCACCCCAUCUCUAUCCUCUGAUUUCCCUUCUUCCUAUUUCCUAUUCUAACUUAAAACCUGCCUCUUAACUCCUUUCAGUCGCCUCCUGGACAUUCAGGUGGUGCUACACUGAUGCAGGAGACAGGCAAGGCAACAGAGAGCUAUUUCAAAGAGCAGACAUCAGAUGAGUUGAUGUAGAGCAAGACAAGAUUUGAAUGCUGGCAUAGCUGCUGCUUUGUAGUGCAGAAUUAAAAAAAAGUAGGGAUCACGUCAUGAAACGACUUAUAGUUGCAGUGCAAAGGCAGACACCUAGAAAGUAAAACAGUUGAGAUGUCAAAAAUGAUGCAGGUGUUGUAACUCAUCUACAUCUUUUUCUUUAUGAACUAGUGCUCAUUAGUCAGCACUUACAUUAACAUGAUUUGUGGUAGGUUUGGCACUAAAGUGACAGAAUUACAUGGGUUAAUGCAGAUGUGAGAUUCAAAAUCUCUGAAAUACUAUCAAACUGCUACUGCCACUUGUAAAUACUUUAAAUUACUGUAAAUACACUCAUUACACACUGUAUAUUAGACUAGCUCAAUUUGUACUUUCUUUUUAGUAAACAGCAGUUUGUGCUGAUAGAAGAUUAGAUUGCAAAUAAAGGCAAAUUAGUUGAAUGUGAACCCCCCCCCCCCCUUUUUUAACCCCAAACUCAUGUCUCUUCCCCACUCAGACAAUCAGAUAAAUUGUUCUAGACUGAAAGAAUUUAUUUUAAAAGAUAUUAAUUUUGGAAUAUAUAUUGGACUGGAUGCUUAUCACGAAAAAAGGAAGGCUUGUGUUCCUGAUUAAGAUUAGCCUGUGUGUCUGUGUGUGUGCUGUUUAAUUUUUUCAGCGUGAAUGAAAGUUGAAGACAAAAUGACCAACGUCCAGAAGAUAUCUGGAUUUUGAAAAAUCAUCUCUUAUUGAAGACUGUUUAACAGAGUUAAACAGGUUGUUUGUUUUAUUUCCAAACGAACAAGGUUUAAAAUUACAUUAGGAGUGAAUUCUUCUUAGUUCUUUGUGUUGCUUGAGGUUGCUGUCCUGUUUCUGUUCUUCAGUAGGCCUUAUGGUCUGAAUGAUUAUGUGCAGCCCUGUGUUAUCUAAUUCAAACCAGGAAUAAAAGUCAAGCAAGUCCUUCUAAGCAAAUUAAACUACAUGCUCUGAAAAGUUUAUUAUCUGUACAACAAUCUAUUUAGGUUUUGACUGUUUUGGAUUUUAUAAAUCUAAUUAAUUACAAUCAAACAAUUGCACACUGAACCAUCCUGAUACUGCACCUUUCAGACUGUAGAAAAUGGUAUGAAAUCCACAGAGGCUGUAUGUUCUUCACCAGUCCCAAAUGUUAAAUCUUACCCCACCCUGAAAAAAAACUGUGAGUUUCUAAUAAAUGUUGUUGGAUUCUGUAUUUUUCCAUGAAAAAAAAAACAGUUUGAAGAAAAGUCUUUUAGUGUUUUCCUUUGUU